CGCCCCCGCAGACACCUACUGACGCUCACUGAUGGCAGCAGCCAAGGCCCGGGCACGCGGCUCUUCUCUGGGACACGUCCCCAAAAGGUGCCAGUUGCGUCACUGUCGCCGAGCCCCCGGCGCGUCCCAUCCCCCCCCGCAGGGCUUCAAAAGCAAACGGCCGAGCAAGUCCGUCCGUCCAUCCGUCCGGGGCUUCGCUCGCUCGCUCCUGGCUUUGGGGCAGCCAUGGCCAGUGCCGGGGUGGUCACCGCCGUCCUCGGCCUCGCUGCACUGCUGCUGCCCACCGCCGCCAUCCCCUGCCCAGCCCCGCGCCCCGCCAACACCACGGCAUCCAAGCUGCUGGGGACGUGGCUGUACGUGGCCGGGGCCGCCCAGUUGCCCCAGCACCUCCUGGAGAUGCUGCUCAUCGACCACGGCCACCUCCACGUGGAGCCCGGCACCGGCGAGCAGGAGCUGCGCGUCACCCAGCGUGUGGCCGUGGGGGACCAGUGUCUCACCAACAACUCCACCUACUUCGAGAUCACCGCCGGUAACGCCACGCUGGUGAAACAUGCCAAGACCCACCAAACCCUGGGGACGCUGGUGAACCUCAGCUCUGAAGACGUUUUACUCAUCCAGCACGAACUGCAGAGGGAAAGGACGUAUUUGGGACUGUAUCUCUAUGCCCGGAACCUGAGUGCCGGGACAGCCCGUCGGGAAGAGCUGGAGCACCACGGCAGGCGCCUGGGGCUGGGCGAAGAGGAGAUGGUGUUCGCCCCGUGGAAAAGGGAGCUGUGUCAAGUGGAAGAAAUGGAGAAAGGGAACAGCCCACGCGUGGAGCCCGCGGUCACAGCGUCACCUCCCGGGGGUCCCCAGCAGCCUGGGGGGCGCGGGCGACUGACACCACGACAGCAAUAAACGCCUUCCUCAAACGCGAUGCCUGUUGCGGCCGAGAUGCUGGGGGUCUGAGCAGGUCAGAAGUGGGGCCUGCAAAGAGGAACUGAGCACCCAAUUCCCUUUGUGUGCCGUUCCACUAGGAGCUGGGAAGAGUCAUCAGUAAAGGAAGGAGGGAUGCAGGACAGCGUGAGACGUGGAAGUUUUUCCAGCACUGACUCAGUCCGCUCGGCCUCACACCAAGCUCCCACAGAGCUCUGGAAAAGGCAGUCCUUCAAUGAAGCAGUAAUAGAGGCUAACCGGAAGAGGGCAAUCAUUAACUAUUUUAAAUGAGCGUCCCAAGCACUUGAUGAGUAACAGGAAUGUAAAAAAGGCUAGAAACUUAUC